CGUACUCCUAUCCUACCAAUUGCUCAUCAGGAGCUUUAGCUAGCUCGACGCCUGAUCCAGUACCACGUUAGCCAAGCAUGGAGGAUCAUGAGAAGCAGGAGGCAGCAGUACUGGGAGCCGCAUGGGACUGUGGGAGCCCGCUGUACGACUCCUUCGAGCUGGCGAGGCUCUACCACGUCGUCGACAGCCACCUGAUGAUCCUGCCGUUCCCGCCCGACGCCGCGGCGCAGCGGAUGCUGGACGGUUGGCGUGGCGCCGGCCGUGCCGCCGAGGUGGACGACGACGACAAGCGCGGUGCAGUGGCGAGGAAGACCAGCAGCAGGCGGAGGACGAGGAGGACGGCCUGGAGGAAGGCCAUGGCGGCCAUCUGCAGGGCUGUCGCGUGCUGGAGGACGCCGUAAUUAGAGGAUUCGGUAUGGGUAUAUGCAGAUGCGUCUACUCUGGAUUAUUCUUGGAGAGCGAGAGCCCGAUUGUGUGUAUUACGGUACAUGUACAUUGUUCCUAUCUUGGGGCGCACGAACAAAGUAUGCAGCUACG